AUGGAGCGUCCAAUGGGACAAAAAGCAGCAAAAAGGAAGGGUAAGGCAUCAAAAAUUCCAAAUGCAACGCAAGAUGCAAAGAAUAAAAGAGCAAUAAUAAUGGACAGACUUGCGCAAGCUAAGGAGGACGAGCUAGAAUUAAGGGUAGUGCAAAUGAUGAUGAAAGACACUUCUACUAUGAACGAUAAUCAACGAGAUAUUCAUGAAAAAUAUUAUAAUUACGAUCAAGAAUUUUGGGAGUUGGUUGAAGAAGAAUUUAUGGACGACAGUGAUGAAGAACAACAACUUCAGAAUGAACGUCGAUCUGGAAGUUCCUCUAGGCCAAAGAGAAGAACAACGGUAGAUCGAGGUCGUGAAGAAGGGCACAAUCGAUUAUUCAAUGACUACUUCUCGGAAAACCCAGUAUACACAGAUGUUCAAUUCCGAAGAAGGUUCAGAAUGCAUAGGCAUGUAUUUCUUAGAAUUGUAGAUGCCCUUGGAAAUCAUGAUGAAUAUUUCCAAAUGAGGGUCGAUGCAACUGGUAAAAUGGGUCUUUCACAAUUGCAGAAAUGUACAUCUGUUAUUCGUAUGUUGGCGUAUGGGUCUCAUGCUGACCUUGUAGACGAAUAUGUUCGAAUCGGUGAAAGCACUUCAAUUGAGUGCUUAGAAAGAUUUGUUAAGGGUGUCAAUGUUGUAUUUGGCGCUGAGUAUUUGAGAAAGCCUAACAACACUGAUGUUGAACAUCUUUUACAAAUGGGAGAGUCACGUGGCUUUCCAGGUUCAAACAAUGACAUUAAUGUGCUAAACCAAUCCAACGUGUUUAACGAUAUUUUGGAAGGACGUGCUCCCAAUGGAGAAAAGAAAAAAUUAUUUGCUCAACAUCAAGAAUCGGCUAGAAAAGAUGUGGAGCGAGCAUUUGGAGUGCUUCAAUCUCGAUUUGCAAUUAUACGUGGCCCAGCGCGUGCCUGGCACAUGGACACUCUCAAGCAUACCAUAUAUGCCUGCAUCAUAUUGCACAACAUGAUUGUGGAAGACGAACGACAUACAUAUGGAGGUAAUUUUGAUUACUCUUAUGAUAAUGUGGAUAUCAAUAACUCAACAACUGAAACAUUUAGCGGUCCUCAUCCGAAUCUUGCAACAAGACUACAAAGAAGAGCAAGUAUUCAAGAAAAACAAGUUCAUCGUAAACUUUAA